AUGAAGUCGGAUUUCAAGUUUUCAAACUUGUGUGGAACUGUCUACAAGCAGGGGAACCUCAUCUUCACACCCGAUGGCAAUUCAAUCCUCAGUCCUGUCGGAAAUAGGCUCACUGUAUUUGAUCUUGUCAACAACAAGGCUACGACAUUUCCCUAUGAAAACAGGAAAAACAUUGACAGAAUUGCUCUUAGUCCAAAUUCAACUCUCCUGAUAUCUGUGGAUGAAGAUGGUCGUGCUAUUCUCGUUAAUUACCACCGUCAGGUUGUCUUGCAUCAUUUUAACUUCAAGGCCAAAGUCCAUGACAUUCAAUUCAGUCCAGAUGGCAAAUACUUUGCAGCAACACAUGGAAAGCAGAUCCAAGUCUGGAAGACGCCAGGGUUUCAUCGCGAAUUUCAACCUAUUGUGCUUCAUAGGCGUUAUACUGGUCAUUUUGACGAUGUGAUCUCGAUCUCGUGGGCACCAGAUUCAAAAUUUUUUGUUACAACCUCAAAAGACAUGAGCGCACGUAUUUACUCCGUCAACCCCAUCGAAGGAUUCGUUCCCUUUACGCUUUCAGGACAUAGAGAUUCAGUCAUCGGAGCAUGGUUCACACAGGAGCAGAAUGCCCUUUAUACUGUUAGCAAGGAUGGCGCACUUUUUGAAUGGCGAUACCAAUCGAUCGCCCCAAAGACACAGCAAGAUGAGAACGAUGAUGUAGGGAAUGACAACUCGAUGGAAAUUGAUGAAGUCCCACGGAGGUGGACUGCAGUGCAGAGGCACUUUUUCUAUCAGGACCAUGCCAAGGUUGUCUGCGCUGCCUAUCAUGCUUCUUCGAGUAUGAUGGUUGUUGGAUUCUCGAACGGCGUUUUCGGUAUCUGGGAGCUCCCAACUUUCAACAAUAUUCAUACGCUAAGUAUUUCACAAAAGAAAAUCGAUUCUGUAGCGAUCAACAGAACAGGAGAAUGGUUGGCAUUUGGAGCAUCAAAAUUGGGACAGCUUUUGGUUUGGGAGUGGCAGUCAGAAUCAUAUGUCUUGAAGCAACAGGGGCACUUUUAUGACAUGAAUUGUCUCUCAUACUCAUCGGAUGGACAGAGUGUGGUCACUGGAGGCGAUGAUGGCAAAGUUAAAGUUUGGAACACCAUCUCCGGAUUCUGUUUUGUCACCUUCUCAGAUCACACUUCCCGUAUCACAGCCACGGAAUUUGCAAAGAACGGCCAGAUUGUCUUUUCUGCUUCAUUGGACGGUACUGUCAGAGCAUUUGAUCUAGUCCGUUACAGGAAUUUUAGGACGUUCACCUCACCUACUCCAGUUCAGUUCUCGUCACUUGCAGUGGACCCCAGUGGCGAGAUUGUCUGCGCUGGAUCACAAAACACGUUCGAGAUUUUUGUCUGGUCAGUUCAGACUGGAAAGCUGUUGGAUAUUUUGGCUGGACAUACUGCCCCUAUAUCUGGUCUGGCCUUCUCGCCCACGGCCAAUUUCCUGGCUUCAUGUUCGUGGGAUCGCACUAUUCGCACAUGGGAUGUCUUUGGACGCGGGAAGAGCGUUGAGAGCUUCACACAUAUGUCUGAAGUGUUGGCUUUGGCAUUCCGUCCCGAUGGUAAGGAGCUCUGCGGUUCAACUCUAGAUGGUCAGCUCAGUUUUUGGAAUGUGGAUGACGCACUUCAAACAGGAACGAUUGAUGGGCGUCGUGAUAUUUCUGGUGGGCGCAAGGCAGAGGAUAAAGUGACAGCGGAGAACUCGACUUCGGGCAAGCACUUUAAUUCUCUUUGUUACACUGCAGAUGGAACAUGUAUCAUUGGAGGAGGCAAUAGUAAAUAUGUCUGUAUUUAUGAUAUCAAAUCCACUAUCCUCGUCAAGAAAUGGAUCAUUUCUAAAAAUUUAUCCUUUGAUGGUACACUCGAAUUUCUCAACUCCAAGAACAUGACUGAAGCUGGUGCUAUGGAUUUGAUUGAUGAUGAUGAUGAUUACAGUGAUCUCGAAGAUCGCCGUGAUAAUGCUUUGCCCGGCACCAAAGAUCUAUCCAAGCGAAAUGUCCGUCCGGAAAUCCGUACUAAGGCCGUCAGGUUCUCGCCUACAGGUCGCUCAUGGGCUGCUGCAUCGACUGAAGGGUUGUUGAUUUACUCAUUGGAUGAUACUUUGAUGUUUGAUCCAUUCGAUUUGGAGAUUGAUAUCACGCCUGAAACUAUUCUGGAGACACUGGACGAGAGGGAUUAUUUGAAGGCAUUGGUGAUGGCAUUCCGUUUGAACGAGCGGCAAUACAUCCAGCGUUGUUAUGAAGCUAUUCCUCCAACAGAUGUGAAGCUAGUAGCAAGACAGCUGCCGACAAAGUACUUGGAGAGGCUGAUGAAGUUUAUUGCAUCUUAUAUGGAGGAUUCACCCCAUUUAGAGUUUCAUUUGAUCUGGUGUACGAAUCUACUGGUUAGUCAUGGCAAGUAUCUCAAGGACCAUUCUGGAGAGUUCCUGACUGUCUUUAGAGGGCUACAGAAGGGUGUUGGCAAACUGCACGAGGAUCUAGCUAAAGUAUGCAACGACAAUACCUACACAUUAGAAUACCUGUUGUCACAAGCAGAGAAGAACUAG